CAAAGUUUUCUGCCGCCUGCGCGGAAUGCAUUGCAGGUGUUGAUAUAUUUCAGGCAAACGAUGUUACCUAGAGGGCCUGUGGGUGAGAAGAAGAAAGUCUUGUCUACGGAAAUAAGAUCCAGCCCUCAUGUUCCUAGUUGCAACCUUUGCGGUUCCAUUUAUUCAUCCAUCAAUCCUUCCAUCAUCCCGUCCCCAUCAGCUCUAGAUGUCGAUUGCAAGAUUCCAGCACACAGACACCAUCAAGAUUCAAGAUUGUCCAAUUCUCCGGGCGUUCUGAAUUUGAAUUGCGAAAGGGCUGAAAGGGCUUCCGAGAGUCGGACUGCUCACUGCCAUGUUGAACAAGUGCUGAAAUGUUUCGACAAGCUGACGAAUUGUAGAGGCUUGCCUAAAACACACAUCCUGUCGCAACCUGCUUGUGGCAACUACCGCCAACUACAGCAACCGACUGCGGCGACACAUGGGGAUCCCGGCAGAGAUAUGCGUGACUUAUCCUGGAAGGAUGGGCAUGAGCAGAUGACACCGCACAAAAGAUUCUAA